AUGUCCGAAACGACCGAUACGCCUGUAUAUCCGCUACAGCCUCACGAAAGGCAGAAAAAGAGGCGCCUGCAGUACGACAUCACCCCACCCGACUUCUCCCGUGCAGCUGAUGAUCUCUUGAAGGAUGAGGAUAUUCCACUGUAUGCUAGAACUGUACUAGCUUAUCUAGUCGAAUCCCACAAGCACUUCGAGGCGGUCAACGAACGGAAUCGUCACUUGUUGAUAACUCUAGCAUGCGUGACCCUGCACCCUCCCCCAUGCAUCGAGCUGAUAAAGAAGAUCUUGAGAGAGAGCGAGCUUUAG